GGUCCAGCAGUGGAGGAUGCCUUGGCCCCAGGGGAUAUGAGCAAGGAGGAGCUGGAGAAGCACGUUAUGCGUCUCCGGGAGGAGCUGGACCGGGAGCGGGGAGAGCGUAACUAUUUCCAGCUGGAGCGUGACAAGAUGCACACCUUCUGGGAGAUCACCCGCCGGCAGCUGGAGGAGAAGAAAGCCGAGCUGCGCAACAAGGACCGCGAGAUGGAGGAGGCGGAGGAGCGGCACCAAGUGGAGAUCAAGGUUUACAAGCAGAAGGUGAAGCACUUGUUGUACGAACACCAGGAAAACCUCACUGAGCUGAAGACAGGAGGCAUCCUGUCCAUGAAGCUGGCCCAGAAGGAUCACUGGGCCCAGGAGAUGGAGUUGUGGAAAGAGAAGUGCUCCUUGAAAGUGGAGCUGAAGGAGCAGGAGCUGGCCCAUGAGGCGGUGUUGAAAAACAAGCACCUGAAACAAGAGCAGGAGAUCACCCAGCUGUGCAACGACUUUGAGAGACAAGUGAGAGAGAUUGAGGCCAGGUACACUGAGAAGAUGCAUGUGCUGCGGAACGAGCUUGACUUGCGGAGGAAGACCGAGAUCCAUGAGGUGGAGGAGAGGAAGAACAGCCACAUCAGUCAGCUGAUGAGGAACCACGAGAAGGCCUUCAACGACAUGAAGAACUACUACAACGACAUCACCCUUAAAAACCUGGAUCUCAUCAGCUUGCUGAAGGAGCAGAUGGAGGGCUUGCGCAUUAGAGUGGAUCACUUGGAAAGGGAGAAGGCAGAUGCGCUGCUCCAGAACAAGCAGCUGAAUGAGUCCCUGCAGCAGGCCCAGGAGCACAUUUUUGAGCUGGAGAAGAAGCUGGUCCGCUAUGACAAGGACAAGGAGGCCCUAACAAAUGCAAAAGCCCAUCUGAAAAUCACCCAGAAGGAAUGGAAGGAUCUUCAGUGGGAACAUGAGGUGUUGGAGCAGAGAUUCAGGAAGGUGCAAGCGGAGCGAGAUGAGCUCUACCAGAAGUUCACCAAAGCCAUUCACGAGGUGCAGCAGAAGACAGGGUUCAAGAACCUGCUCCUGGAGCGCAAGCUGGCCGGACUCCUCGAGAUCCUGGAGAAAAAGGAAGUGGAGCUCAGCGAGGUCUUUGCUGCCUCCAAGCUCGAUCAGGGUGCCCUCACCUUGGUCUCGCACAAGCUGGAGGAUGUGCUCAACUCCAAGAACACCACCAUCAAGGACCUUCAGCUCCAGCUGGCCCGAGUCUGCAAGGCACACAAUGACAUGCUGCAGACAUUCGAGGCAAAGCUGACAGCCUUUGGGAUCCCCCUGGACAAUCUGGGCUUCAAGCCCCUAGAAAAUCCCAUGCUUGGGCAGGGCCCUGCAGGACUUGUUGCUGUGCCUACCUGA